ACAACAACAAAACCGGCUACACAAUGUACAACGGAGAGAUAGAGAGACGCGAAAAUGCCGGUGCGCGAGAAACUCCGUCGGCGAUCGUCGCUUCAAAAGCAUUUUCGACGCGCAACAGUAACGACGCUGACGACGGUCCCGUCCCAGUCCCAAUAUCCGUUCACGCGAAUUAUACAAACGGUGGUCAGACGGCGGCUACACAGGCGACCAUAUUCCUCAGCCACAGCAACAACAGCCAUCAUCUCAACAAUAGAAAAAACCCGCCAAAUUUCCAGACAAACGCGUGUGUCAACGGCAACGGCAGCAACAACCAUACAGAGCAGAACGCAUCGCAAUUUGUGCCAAAUUUUAGCAAUUUAAAUUUUUACGCCCAACAGCCAACGUCAGCACAGAGCAACAACAACAACUACGACGUUUGCCAUCAACAGGUAUGCCAACACGGUUUACUAUCCGGAUUGCAUCCGUAGGACUCCCACGGGAUGCAAGAAUCGGGUUAACUAGAAUAAAGACAAAUACAUAAAAUCGUGUUAGAAAUGUGAAAUAUACAUAUUUAUUGAUAGU